UCUUCAUCCCCUGAUGGACGGCGGCGAGAUAGGUGACAUGCGUCCAUUUUCCUAUCCAGACGAGACGGCGAAAGGUGGCUCGGGGCUUGCCGCUGUGCUGCGCCUGACCACCUGUCUCCGUCUGCGUCGAAUCAUGGUCUUCGUCCGGCGCGAUUUAGAACCGCAACGCCCGACAAGAAAGCUUUGCUCCGGCAUGACUUGGUCACCGGAGCGGUGGCUGAAGGUCGAUGGUGGAGAUCUCGCGCGGUGGAAGCCUCCCAAGCUACGCCUUUGUAUCUUCAUCCCAUACCCAGGCACUGAUUUAUUUAAUAUAAAUAUAGUUUUCUAGCUCAUAAAAUAUAUACAGAAUCAGAAUAUCGGUAUUGAGCAGAAAAGUGAUCUGGGCGGCGCUGGCUAGACGUUUUUUUAAGCUUGGCAGUUCACAGCAAAUCAAGCAAUGAUAGGAUGGGGAGACGUGUGGAAGGUGGUCGAGGCGAUGACGCCGUUGUAUGUAGCGUUGAUAUUGGGAUACGGGUCGGUGAAAUGGUGGCGAAUAUUGCGCGUGGAGGUGUGCGAGGCCAUCAACCAUCUAGUGUUUUACUUCACUUACCCAUUGUUUGUGUUCGAGUUCGCCGCUCACGUGAACCCUUACACCAUGAACUACCCGUUGAUGGCCGCCGAUGUGGUUUCGAAGGUCAUAAUAGUGGCGGCGCUGGCGUGCUGGGCCAAGUGGUGCCCCCACGGGAGCUACUCGUGGUCGAUAACCAGCUUCUCUCUCACCACUCUCACCAACUCUCUUGUGGUUGGGGUUCCCUUUCUCCAGCCCAUGUACGGACAGGUGGGAGUCAACCUAGUCGUUCAAUCCUCGGUGUUUCAGGCGCUUGUUUGGACCACCAUCCUCUUGUUCGUCUUCGAACUCAGGGAUCUGCGGCGCCCUUCUCCCGCUCCUACUGAUACUGAUCAUGAUUUGGAAAACCAGCCCAUCACUGAUGCACUUGGAGAGGAGAUUGUCGCGCCACCACUAUCUUUGCAGAAGUUGAUAAAAAAGGUCUCCCUCAAAAUCGCUAAGAAUCCAAACUUCUAUGCUUGUAUUCUCGGUCUUACUUGGGCCUUUUUAUCGAACAGAUGGCAUUUUAGCAUGCCGAACAUCGUGGAAGAAUCCGUUCUGAUCUUGUCUAGAGCUGGUACUGGCACGACAAUGUUCAACAUGGGGUUGUUCAUGGCGUCUCAAGAAAAAGUGCUAGCAUGUGGAGCAAAGCUCACGAUAAUUGGGAUGGCGCUAAAAUUCAUUGCUGAUCCGGUGGCCAUGGCUCUAGCUUCAUUUGCCGUUGGUUUGCGUGGAGAAGUCUUGCGUGUCGCUAUCAUCCAAGCAGCAUUGCCGCAAUCCAUCAACUCCUUCAUCUUUGCCAAAGAAUAUGGAUUACGUGCAGAUGUUUUCAGCACUGCGGUUAUCUUCGGCAUGAUUGCAUCUCUACCGGUGUUAAUAGGUUAUUCUGCAAUAUUGGGAUUAGUACAUUGACGAUGGCGGCCGAGAAGCUGACAUGUUAUUCUUUCUAUUUAUCACUCUGAAUUUUUUAUGAAGUAGAAAAUUAUUUUUAUAAAGUCGAUCUUUUCUCAUGGCUACUAAUAUUAUCAUCUAGGAAGAAAAUUUUGCCAUUUUUCCCAAUCAAUUUUCAUUCAAACAUGAAGUAGAAUAUAUUAAAUUAUCUUUUAUUUUGAUCAUCUUUAAA